GUAGUGUAAUAUUUGUAUUGUUCUGAAUACAGGUUCAGUAGUAAAAUAGUAAUGAUAUAGAUUUGAGUUGUAAAUUUGAAUCAUGAUCUGAAUUCAUAGGUUUUUGGACUUGUAAAUACAUAGGUAUAUACAUAGGUACAGAUCUAUACUCAGCAAAACACUAAGUCUAGGGUCAAUAGUGAAAAAAUUAGCAUACACUGAUUCAGUUCAUUGAUUAUUACAUUUUCAUUGAAGAAAUGCAUAAAAUUUUAAACAAAUUAUUUGUAGGCUGUAAGUUAUUGUCUAUCUUUCUUAGUUCAAUUUUUAUAUGCUAAUUUAUAUCGGUUACUGAUUUAUAUUUUAUUACUUAUCUAUACAAAGUGUAAAAUAGAUAAAUUACUUUGUAACGGUACUGGGUUCGAGUCCCAGAUUGAAUAUCAAAGCUGAGGUGCAGGUACAUCCAAUUGACGACUCCCAAAUAGGACGAAACGAGAGUCCUGGAUUCCACUGCUACCCACUAUUCAUCUUUGUUUAUUACCUUAUAAUUAGUUGAUUUUUACUAUGUACCAUGAUCUCUUGAGAAAACAAUUAUGUUAUACGAAUUCAUUGUUCUGUUAUAUUAACGAUGCUCAUUGAUAAAAACAAACAACAUUGUUUAAGGGCUGUCCUGGAGUCAAACUUAAUCAAUUCUGAGGAAAUUAAGAAACAAAGUAUUUGUUUUGUUCAAAACAGAAGAGGAUCUGAAAAUCACUCAGAUAAUAUGCAAAUAUUGAUCAAAAGGAAAAAUUUCAGUGAAAAAUUAGAGCAACUAGAGGUUUGGAAUAGAUCUCAUUACUUAACAAACGUAAUGUACAAAAUUAACGGAAACCUAACUAAGAAAUGAAUAUAGUUAUAAGUGGCAACCAGAAGAACUCUUGUAAUAAUAUGAUUCUGUUCUAAAGUGAUCCUAGCCGACGCCUGUUUGACUAACAUUCAAGAACAAUGUAAAUGACCUAUAUUUUAUUAAAUGAAGAUAUAACUGUAAUAAAAGCUAUCAGAGUUCAUAAGAAUAAUUAUUAUGCACCUUCAAAUUUUCAUUUUGAUAUAACAAUCAAUUUAACUUGAUAAGAUACUUAUGAGUAAUAGGUUUGAUCACAACCAAAUACGGAACUACAAAAUUUGUUUCGACGAAUAGAAACCUUGAAACACAAGGACAAUGUGGAAAUCAAUAUAGAUCUUUUCUGUGUCAUUAUCGAGAAAUAACACAUUCGGAGAUAUGGCCAAUGAAUUAACAAUCUACAAACUAGCAUCAGUCAAUAUACUAACGAAAAUCAACAGAAGAUUAGAUCAUUUGCAAAUGAAGAAUGUCUUAGUAAUCAUAAAGUGACAUUUCAAACAGUAUGCAAAAAAUGUCUCUUAAAUCAGUUCGUUCCACUGAAUCAGUGGCUUUUAAAUGUAAAAAUUCUAUUUCUAGCGGUGCUUGAACAAUGUAAUGUACAAAACUGUCUAAAUAUAUUAUGAGCAAUACCAGAUAAUUUGCAAUAAUUGUAGGUUUCGAUACGGUUCAAACAAACAAUAUUCAAUUGAGAAACUUUGAGGCUAAUAAAAAUAACCAUGUAACCAUUUUUAAAUAGAGAAAUACUCUUUUGGAAAGGUUUGACAGUUACUUAUGUGCUCUGAUUAUUAUCAUAUUAAAGUCAAUGUUAAUCAGGAGAUUUGUCAGGAUUGAUUAAGUCUAUCAAUUAGCUAAAAUAAAAAGUCAUAAUUAGGAUACUACCAUACAAUGAAAUCGGUAUAUUUAUAUUGACAGUAGUAACCACCAAAUAAAUAAAUAGUCAGAUGAUUAAAUACAAAUUAUAAUUGUUAGUACAAGAAUUUCAUUUCUUGUUUGUUUAAUUCUGACUACUACUACUACUACUAACAUCAAAUGUGCUUGAAUCCUAAAUAUUUGACAGUAUGAUUAAAACCGGUGACAUAGCAGAUCUAUAUUGAAAUUAUUUUAUUGAGUAUUUUUAUUGCAUUAUCAAUAGAAUUCAGAAGUAUUUUAUCACUAUUCGGAAACAUAAACAAGGUAACCUGUAAUAAGAUUAAAACAAUUAGUUGAUUUUAUUGAAAGUGUUAUAUUGAAAAUAG